CUAAAUCCUAACCUCACUAUUGCGAAACAUGAAGAACGAGGUUUAAAUGGAGAUCACCAUUGUGCUUUUUAUGUGAUGUCAAAUAAAAAAAAAUGUAAUGUCACGUUCUAGAAUUUUGCAAUAUGGUAUUCCGUUUGUAAUCUUUAUUAUCGGUGGAUCGUUUGGCCUUCGAGAAUUUACGGAAAUACGUUAUAGAUAUAAACGUACAUCUCAAUAUAAUAUACACGACGAAUUGGAAAAAGACGGAUUUCAAAUAAAAUCACCAAAAGAAAUUACUUUGGAGAAAGAAUAUGAAAAGUUGGAGAAGAUUGAUCUUGACAACUGGAAGAAUAUUAGAAUACCACGGCCAUGGGAGGAACCAGAAGAUACAAAAAAUUGAGUAUAAAUAAAAAUGUUU